AACCGCCUCAUAAAGGAUUAUGGGUAACUUUUCUUUCUCUUUCCGGUUAGUACGCCAUCAAGUGAGGCAUCAUGGGAGCGUACAAGUACAUGCAGGAGUUAUGGAGGAAGAAGCAGUCGGACGUGAUGAGGUUCCUGCUGCGUGUGCGGUGCUGGCAGUACCGUCAGCUGUCGGCCCUCCACCGGGCCCCGAGGCCCACCAGACCCGAUAAAGCCCGCAGGCUGGGGUACAAGGCCAAGCAGGGGUACGUCAUCUACCGCAUACGAGUGCGCCGCGGAGGCCGCAAGCGCCCCGUGCCCAAAGGUGCCACCUAUGGCAAACCCGUGCACCAUGGCGUCAACCAGAUCAAGUUUGCACGCAGCCUGCAGUCAGUAGCCGAGGAGCGUGCGGGCCGUCACUGUGGAGGUCUGCGGGUGCUCAGCUCAUACUGGGUGGGUGAAGACUCCACAUACAAGUUCUUCGAAGUGGUCCUCGUCGACACCUUCCACAAGGCCAUCAGACGCAACCCCGACACACAAUGGAUCACCAAGGCUGUGCACAAGCACAGGGAGAUGCGCGGGCUCACGUCAGCCGGCAAGAAGAGCCGUGGUUUGGGCAAGGGUCACAAGUUCCACCUCACCAUCGGCGGCUCUCGGCGCGCGGCCUGGAAGAGACGCAACACCCUGCAGCUGCACCGCUACCGCUAGACAACACGUGCUGUACAUUCACCCAAAUAAAGUACCUUUGUAUGUUCA